AAGAGGAGCAGGAUGCUCCAUGGGCUCACCCCGAUGGGGACAUGUGGCCUGGGGGGGGGCCUUGCACUGCAGAAUCCGGCCUGACGGCACAUGCAUGUCCCAUGUCCUCAUGUCCCCACGUCUGUCUGUGCAUCCUGGCACCCAGGAGCCACCCCCAUCACCUUCCAUGCCCAACUGCGGGGUCACCCCGACCUGCCCCGGUGGCUGCGCUGCGCCCAGCGUGGACCCUACAGCUCGGCUUUCCUCUAUGGCAGCCCCACCGCUGCGGAGGUGGGCACGCACGUCAUCGAGGUGCUGGCGUCCAACCGGCUCACCUACGAGACAGUGGCACAGCGGCUCAUCAUCUCCAUUGUCCCCUCUCCAGGGGGGGAUCCACCGUACCAGGGUGAGUUCCUGGUGGGGAACCGCAACGUGGAGGAGCUGCUGCCGGCGGCCGCGCGGGAGCAGUUUGUGCAGGCGUUGUCCGGCGUCUGGGAGCACGACGACCUCCGCAUCAUCAACGUCACCUCAGCUCUGGACCGGGGGGGCCGCGUCCCGCUGCCCAUCGAGGGGCGCAAGGAGGGGGUGUACGUGAAGGUGGGCUCCCACGCCGCCUUCUCGCCGUGCCUGGUGGCCGCCAGCUCCCCCCAGAGCCAAUUCCGCUGCCGCCUGGGCCAGCAGCCCCUCGCCUCCUGCUAUGACACCUUUGCACCCCACUUCGCCAUCCGCUGGUGCAACCUCACCCUGCCUAUGGGCUGA